AAGCUCAGCCGCUAACAGUUCGUUUCGCGAUGUAUUGUGGAAUAGUGAAAUUCAUGAUAGGCAUGUCUAACUGGCAGCAGUGUUUGUGAUUCAUGCGCAUGGAGCGUAUCGUUGUGAAUGAUAUUUCGUGUACAGAGUAUCGAGUUAAGUAGGAUGGAAACUCGAGUUCUUACGAGCGAAAUUGCGCUAUGCCUCGAAAGACGCUGAAAACGUACCGACGAUCACGUUAACGUGUUCAAGGAUCGACGUGCGUUCGCGUUUAACACUAUUUCCUGAAAUCUGACAGAAUACGGUUUGUUGACAGGUGCGCGAUAUUUUCCUUUCCGUUUUGUUCUUCUCUUUUGUUUCACCUCUGUUCAACCACCUUACUUGUUUUCCUCUCACGUUCGAUUCCCCUUUACCCUUUCAACCCUUAAGCGCCUUAUCCCCCAUUUUCAUCUGCCGGGCAAAAAAAGAGAGCACCUCUUUUUCCCUCACCUCCCCCUCCAUCCUCUAUUGCGUUCGUUCGUCCGCUCGCUCGCUCGCUCGCUCUUUUCGAUUCUUCUCUCUGUCUCUUUCUCCAUGCCUCUCGUUUUCUCUCCCCCUCUUCGAAGCAUCGGCGUAUUUUUCUUUCUUUUAUUAAAUGUACACGAUAACAAGACAAUUUUCGGUUCUUUUGCACACCGUAAACGUGGAUGAGUGAUCGUAUUUUCGUGCGGUGGCCGAUCAUCGUCGGCCGUUCUGCCUCGUACGUGAACGUGAAUGCUCCCUACGUUUAACUGGUGUCAAUGUACACACGGUGUAACGUUAUCGUAGCAUCGACGGACAGAGAGCAUUUCUAAACAGGAUCCUCGUUCAGCUAGAAAAUUCGUCAUGAUGAAGAGCAGUGCUAUGCUUAAGAAAGAAACUAAGAUGCGUAUACGUGCUUUUCCGACUAAUAUGGACGAAAAGUACGUGGAAAGUAUUUGGGCUUUGUUAAAAAAUGCAAUACAGGAGAUUCAGAAGAAAAAUAAUUCGGGCCUUAGUUUCGAAGAACUUUAUCGGAAUGCUUAUACUAUGGUUCUUCACAAAUAUGGGGAACGUCUAUAUACAGGUUUAAAAGAAGUCGUAACACAUCAUCUCGAGAAUAAAGUACGAGAAGAUGUAUUAAGAUCGCUCCACAAUAAUUUUCUCCAAACGUUAAAUCAAGCUUGGAACGAUCAUCAAACAUCUAUGGUUAUGAUUAGAGAUAUUCUAAUGUAUAUGGAUAGAGUGUAUGUGCAACAAAACGAUGUAGACAAUGUGUAUAACUUGGGUCUUAUCAUAUUUAGAGAUCAGGUUGUCAGAUAUGGAUGCGUGAGAGAUCAUUUACGAGAAACUUUACUAGGUAUGGUAGCGAGAGAAAGAAGGGGGGAAGUAGUAGAUCGCAUCGCGAUAAAAAAUGCCUGCCAAAUGUUGAUGUUACUCGGUAUUAACAGUCGUCAAGUUUACGAAGAAGAUUUCGAAAGGCCUUUUUUACAACAAAGCGCUGAAUUUUAUAGGAUGGAAUCUCAAAAAUUUUUGGCUGAAAAUAGUGCGUCGGUAUAUAUAAAAAAAGUUGAAGCUAGAAUUUGCGAGGAAUCCGAAAGAGCAAAACAUUAUUUAGACGAAUCUACCGAACCUCGAAUAGUAGAAGUUGUAGAAGAAGAGCUAAUUAAAAUCCAUAUGAAAACUAUCGUCGAGAUGGAAAAUAGCGGUGUAGUGCAUAUGCUCAAAAAUCAGAAAACUGAAGAUCUUGGUUGCAUGUACAAAUUAUUUUCACGAGUUUCGGACGGAUUACGUACAGUAUGCGAUUGCGUCUCCCAAUUUCUCAAAGAACAAGGACGCGCUAUGAUUCAGGAAGAGCACGAUUCGACGACAAAUGCCGUUCUUUUCAUGCAGAAUUUAUUGGAUUUAAAAGAUCGUUUUGAUCACUUUCUUCACUACUCGUUUAAUAAUGAUAAGAACUACAAACUAAUGAUAGCUUCUGAUUUCGAAUACUUCCUCAAUUUAAAUACAAAGAGUCCAGAAUACCUUUCGAUCUUCAUCGACGACAAGCUCAAAAAGGGUGUUAAAGGGAUGACAGAGCAGGAAAUCGAAGGUAUCCUAGACAAAACCAUGGUUCUGUUUCGAUUUCUUCAAGAAAAGGACGUAUUCGAACGGUACUAUAAGCAACACUUAGCCAAACGUCUUCUCUUAAAUAAAUCCGUUUCUGACGACAGUGAGAAGAAUAUGAUAUCUAAACUUAAGACUGAAUGCGGAUGCCAGUUCACGUCGAAAUUAGAGGGAAUGUUCAAAGACAUAACAGUUAGUAAUACUAUUAUGGAUGAAUUUAAAGAUCAUGUCCUCACAUCCAAUACAAAUUUACAUGGCGUUGACAUAAGCGUAAGAGUUUUAACAACUGGUUUUUGGCCAACGCAAUCCGCAACUCCAAAGUGUAGCAUGCCGUCAGCCCCACGAGAUGCUUUCGACGCUUUCCGACGUUUCUAUCUCGCUAAACACAGUGGUCGGCAAUUAACAUUACAACCACAAUUAGGUUCUGCAGAUUUGAAUGCUGUAUUUCACGGGCCACGAAGAGAGGAAAGUACUUGCGGUGGCUUAGACACACCGUCCUCUUCGAGUUCUAUCGGUAAUGGAAGCGGUAGCACUAACGGUAGUUUGUUAAGCCAACGUAGCAGCAGUUGCGGAAACACAAGGAAACACAUAAUACAAGUCUCGACUUAUCAAAUGUGCGUGUUAAUGCUCUUUAACAAAAGAGAGAAAUUAACAUACGAGGAAAUUCAAGGUGAAACCGAUAUUCCAGAGAGAGACUUAGUUAGAGCGUUACAAUCUCUCGCGAUGGGCAAAGCUACUCAGAGAGUGUUACUAAAGCAUCCUCGUACAAAGGAAAUAGAACCUUCGCAUUAUUUCUGUGUCAAUGACAGUUUUACUAGCAAACUACACAGAGUAAAGAUUCAAACGGUAGCGGCGAAAGGUGAAUCGGAACCAGAAAGAAGAGAAACGCGUAAUAAAGUCGACGAAGACAGAAAGCAUGAAAUAGAAGCUGCUAUCGUUCGUAUUAUGAAAGAUCGGAAACGCAUGCCACAUAAUAUACUUGUAACAGAAGUAACGGAGCAAUUAAGAAGACGAUUCUUGCCUUCUCCCGUAAUAAUUAAAAAACGUAUCGAAGGUUUAAUCGAACGUGAAUAUUUGGCACGCACGCCAGACGAUAGAAAGGUGUAUACGUACGUUGCUUAAAGCUCGAAUUCAAAUAUUGGAUCUGUACAAACAUGUUUUGAUAAAAUAUUACCGUCUCGCGUUGAAUAAAAUUGUUACAUGUGCCACGUAUUAUACACAUUAAUCCUAGACAAAAUUUUAUUUGGUUCAAAACCUAAAAUUUAAAAUGGAAAUUUGCAAAAACAAAAUUGAUGAUGUUACAAAAUGAAUUGGUGUUAUAAAUCGAUAUUGAUUGCCUCGAAAUUCGAAGAAAUAGACAUAUUUUAUAAUUGACUAGUUUGGUGGAAAAGGUUGACGUGUUAAUCGAGAACUGUAAACUUUAUACUCUCAAGUUUAAAACGAAGAUUUAUAAGUAUGUUAUGUAACUUUGAUGAUAUCCUCUUCCCUGAAAUCACUUCAUCGCAUUUCACUCAUAACUGGUUAAAUUAACUGAGACUUGCGAAAAACACCGGCUAUAAUAGAAUAUUAUAAUUGAAAUUCAAUAGCGUUUGAUUCAAACCAAUGUUUCUCAAUGAUAAAUGAAAAGUAAGAUACGAUUGCUAAACACGAUUUCCACAUCGGUCUUAUUACGAUUAAGGACUUUUUCUACACUUGUAAAACUGUGAUUGUCUAUCGUAUAAAAACCACCUGGAUAUACCAUGAACUUCGCUAAAAUACUGGUUUUAUACCAUGACUUUAUUUACGUUUGUGGUUAUCUAUUAUGUGUGUACAUAAGCAGUGUGAAUGUAUAUCUAAGAAUAUAUUUGCCUCAUUUUCA